AUCUCGCGAGAUGAGACCUGCGGGAUUUGGAUUAACUCGCCGGCCGGAGUUAGGGAGCUGGACCUUACCGGGGCUGAGGGACUUUUACACAGCGAGUCUGGACUGCGAGAAAAUCGGGACAAUUGGGCGAGAUUAAUUACCUAUGUACAAGGCCUCUCCCAUCACAAGGGUUCCUCAUAGGCAAAGUCCCCAGCCUGUGGCUACAGGAGACUACAGGCUGAGUGGUUUAUACAGGUACAAAGAGGACUCUUGAGUGAACACCAUGGGAUUGUUUGACAAGCUGGCAGGAUGGCUGGGCCUGAAGAAGAAAGAAGUGCAUGUCUUGUGCCUUGGAUUAGACAACAGUGGGAAGACUACAAUAAUCAACAAACUGAAACCUGCCAAUGCACAGACCCAGGAUAUAGUCCCGACCAUUGGAUUCAGCAUAGAGAAGUUCAAGACAUCUAGCCUGUCAUUUACAGUUUUUGAUAUGUCUGGACAGGGGAGGUACCGAAAUCUCUGGGAGCAUUACUACAAGGAAGGGCAGGCUAUUAUUUUUGUCAUUGACAGCAGUGACAAGCUGAGAAUGGUUGUGGCCAAGGAAGAACUGGAGACCCUGUUAAAUCACGCAGACAUUAAGCACAGGCGAAUGCCGGUCCUGUUCUUUGCUAACAAAAUGGAUCUAAGAGACUCGCUGUCAUCAGUAAAAGUAUCUCAGUUGCUGAGCCUGGAGCAUAUCAAGGAUAAGCCAUGGCACAUUUGUGCAAGUGAUGGACUCACAGGAGAAGGCCUCCAAGAAGGUGUAGACUGGCUCCAGGACCAAAUCACACAAUCAAAUCCAAACAAUGAAGACCUAAGGAGAUAAAGAAACCCUGCAGAACUGUACUGUACUUAUUGGAACCAAAAGGAGGAUGGGCGCUUUCCAGCUUCAAUGAAGAUAAUUUAUUUUAUCUAGAUUCUCAGGUAUAUAUAUUGUAUAAUAAUAGUGAAUCCAGUCUUAUUGUUACAUGUAAUUAGCGCAACUUUUAUUUUCUGUAUAUUAUACUGUUUGUUAAACCCAUGGAAUUAAAAUGUGUGAAUUUUGUAAAUACCAAACACCAUAGAGCUGGUGCAUUUUACUCUCUAAUUUAUUAUGGAAAAUUCUGUGCAUAAACGAGCUCUACAUGGGAAGCUGUAUAUUAAGGUCGUGUUGUAGAGAAUAUGAAAUUGUGGUGAUAAUGAUGUGAAUUUGUUAUAUUUCAUGUUUGUCAGUAAAAUAUAUAUAUAUAUACAGACAA